CAAGAGGGCAUCAAUUUUGAGUCAAACAACAGCAGUGUCCCAGUUCCUGAAAACAUAACAAGCUGACAAUAUUUUCAGAAAGCAUGAAGUUGCUAGCUUUUGUGCUAGUUUUAUUGGUAUGUCUACAAUCUUCUGCUGCUGCUGAGUUCCAAGUUGAAGCACUCUAUGAAAUGAGGCAACACCUCAUCGAUAACAGUGGUGUCCUUAAUGACUGGAAGGAUAAUCAAAUGAGCGCCUGCUAUUGGGAACAUAUCACUUGUCAAGACAACAAAUUUGUUACAAAAAUAAGUUUGUCCUCAUCUGGAUUGACAGGGGUCUUGUCACCCAGCAUAGCAAAGCUAACAAAUUUACAACAGCUGUUAUUGAAUGGCAACAGCAUAACUGGAGGAAUUCCACAGGAGUUUGGGAACCUAUCAAGUUUAACAACUCUAAACCUUGGACGAAAUAAUUUAAAUGGCUCAAUACCGGAUUCCCUAGGCCAUCUUCCUAAACUUGAAAUUCUGGAUCUAAGCCAAAACAAUUUAAGCGGGAGUAUUCCAAGCUCUUUCUUAAAUCUUCCAUCAUUGAAUAAUAUCAACCUUGCGUAUAAUAAUCUUAGCGGUGAAAUACCACAAUAUCUACUUCAGGUGGCUCAAUACAACUAUACAGGUAACCAUUUGAAUUGUGACCAGCAUUUAUUUUCAUGUGAAGGAGGCAGCACAAGGACAGGCGGAUCAAAAAACUCCAAGCUAAAGGUGGUUCUUGGAAGCAUUGCUGGAGCAAUCACUCUCUUUGUCAUUGGAGCUCUAGUUGUCUUAUGGUGGCAAAGAAUGCGAUACCGACCUGAAAUCUUCAUUGAUGUCUCAGGUCAGAAUGAUCACAGACUAGAGUUUGGGCAGAUAAAGCGGUUCUCAUGGCGAGAGCUCCAGAUUGCAACUAACAAUUUCAGUGAACAGAAUGUUCUUGGCAAGGGUGGUUUUGGUAAGGUGUACAAAGGAGUUCUUCCAGGUCCAGACAGUAUAAAGAUUGCAGUGAAACGACUGUUUAACGUGGAAAGUCCUGAACGGGACCUGACUUUCCUCAGAGAAGUUGAAUUGAUAAGCAUUGCUGUACAUAAGAACAUAUUAAGAUUGAUAGGGUUCUGUACAACACCGACAGAAAGACUCUUGGUCUACCCUUUCAUGGAGAAUCUGAGUGUUGCUUCCCGUUUAAGAGAUAUAAAACUAAAUGAACCAGCAUUAGAUUGGUCUACAAGAAUGCGAAUUGCUCUUGGUGCCGCCUGUGGAUUGGAAUACCUUCAUGAGCACUGUAAUCCCAAGAUCAUCCACCGUGAUGUGAAGGCUGCCAAUGUCCUACUUGAUGGGAACUUUGAAGCAGUUGUAGGAGAUUUUGGGUUGGCGAAGAUGGUGGACAUAGGGAGGAACACAGUCACGACGCUGGUUCGUGGCACUAUGGGCCACAUAGCUCCUGAGUACAUAAAGACAGGAAGGCCAUCAGUUAAGACAGAUGUAUUUGGAUAUGGUGUCACACUAUUAGAGAUUGUAACAGGGGAGCGAGCAAUUGCAUUCUAUCCUGACCGUAUCGAAGAAGCAGGCGAGAUCAUGCUGAUUGAUCAGGUCAAAAUAUUGAUGGAAGAAGGGCGACUACAUGAAAUUGUCGAUCGCAAUCUAGGUGGUGCAUACAACCGUGAAGAGCUGGAGAAGAUUACCCAGAUAGCACUCCUCUGCACCCACAUGGACCCUGAUCAGCGCCCUGUAAUGUCUGAGGUGGUGCAGAUGCUGGAAGGAGAGUUUGUCCCAGUAGAGCGAUGGGAGGAAUGGCAGCUAGCUGAGCUCAACCGACGACAACAGCACGAAACGAGGCAGCAGCGCAAACUAUUCAGCUUCAGUGAAGAAUCUCUAAACAUUCAGGAAGCUAUUGAGCUGUCAACUGGCAGAUGAGCUGCAAGAUCAUCAAAAAUUGACAUAUUUCUCAAAUGUUCCUUCAGUAAAAAUGGUGCAAGGAAAAUUCAGGAGUAUGCUCUAUGUGUUAACUACUAGGAAUACUCUAUAGGGUCUUGAUGUUAUAGUUUGCAUUGGUAAGUGCAUCCAUAUUUGUGAAUACAGCAGUUGGAUUACACCUAGCUCAGACCAUGUGUAUAUUAUAGACUAGACUGUUCGAAUUUUCUUUGCAUUCUAAAAAAAAUGACCACAAGGGGGAGACUACCCCUGGGCUUUGUUCUAAGAA